UGACAAGCAUUAUUCUGGCUUUGGGGGAUGAUUAGUCAACAAAUUGAGGGAUAAAUUGUUGGUUUUAGUAACACUUGUCUCCUUUGGGAUUGUGAAUCAGGGUUUGCUUAACAAGGGGUCGCUUGGUGAUUUCUGCGGUUCUCGACGUCGGACAGUGUUGAGAUCCUUGUCAUGGAGAGAGAAUUUGGCAUCGUGUUUCAAUAGUAAUCAGAAACGAGAAGAUGUCGAUGGCAGUGGGAAAGCCGCGGGUUUUUGUUGAGAAGUCCAAAAAGUGUGUUUCAAAGCUUUGGAAACUGUUUCCACACGUUUUUCUUAUACUUUCACUGAUCGGAUAUGCUGUCUUCGGAGCUGUGCUAUUCUCGUACAUAGAGGGAAGUAGUGCGUCCACAACAGAAAGAGAAUAUCAUGCGUUUUUGGGUGAGCUAGUGCGGGAAAUUCAGAAUUAUACAGGUAAUUCGUCUAGCAAUUUUACUCAAGAACAAGAUUUGGUAAAACACCUAGAGAACGAAAUCCCCAAGCGGUUCAAAUCCAUAUGGCUUCAACGUCCAGAUAAUUGGACAUUCUUUGGAUCCUUGUUCUUCUGUUGUACUGUUUUCACAACCGUGGGUUACGGAGAAAUCUAUCCAGUGACGCUGUCCGGUAAGGUGGCCUGUAUCCUGUAUGCCAUGCUGGGUAUCCCCCUCAUGCUCCUGGUCAUCACCGACGUGGGAGACGUCCUGGCAGUGCUUCUCUCCAGGGCCUAUCGUCAUCUACACACUUUCAUUUGCACGUUGCCCCAAUCUGGCCGCUGGUCCCCCUCUGAAGACAAGGUGAAGCCAGUGGACGGAGGCCAGGAUGCCAUCCCAGAAGGGUCCUACACCUUCAGCCACGAGGUGGUGGUUCAGGAGCCCAUGGAUAUCCGUCAUGUCCUACAAAGCCAGCAGUCUGUGAAACGCAAAUCCAUCCAGCUGCACAGAAACACUGAGAUCUUUGAGCGCAUCAUUGCACGGGAGAACUUCAGCAGGCUUAGCCCACUGGUGCGGAGCCUCUCCUGCCCUGAGCUAGAUCGCAUGCCCCCUCCGCCCAAGGACUUUGCGAUCUGGGACUUCACAGGUAUCGGGGACAAUAUGGACAAGCUGGACGUCCCCCUGCUCCUCCUCCUUGUGGUGGUGUUUUCCUAUAUCCUGUUUGGAGGCCUCAUGCUGCCACUGUGGGAGGAGUUUGGCACCUUUGACGCCUACUACUUUUGCUUCAUCACCCUCACCACCAUUGGCUUCGGUGACAUCGUGCCCAAACACCCCAAGUAUUUCAUGCUCACUUUUUUCUUUAUCAUCAUGGGCAUGGCCAUCAUGUCCAUGGCAUUCAAGCUUGGCCAGUCGCGCAUCGUCUGCUUCUACCAGCAGUGCAUGCGCUGCAUCAGUGGAGGGAAGGUGGAAUUGAAAGACAAGCUGGGGAGCGAAUGAGCGGAUGAGUUUUGACCCUCAAACGGGUGGUACAGAUGUUUAGGAGUUCUUAGGCUCUGACAUUGUAGGUUCGGGAAAAAAUAUUAAAUACAGAGUUGAAGUUCUGUACGACUGAUUGGAAACAGAAUCUAGCUCAGGGGGGAGUGGGAAAGUUACCCUUAGAGCUGACCCCUAAUCAUUAGAAUGAAUGAAAAUGUGCAUGGUUCCAAAGCAGAACUGCUUUUUAUGACAGUAUAGAUUUUAGAUUAAUGGGACAGCAGCUAGACUGGCAUAGCUAGGCACAUUUAAUCAAAAAGUUCACUUAACCGUUAAUCCAUUCACCAAAAAGUUUACUUUGAGAACCGUUAAUUCAUUAAAAAUCUAAUAGAAGUUAGUGAUAAAAGCUUGUACAUUUUUAUUCACUUUUUUUUUUCCUCUAACAAAAUAAAUACAAAAUACGCCUUUUGGGGAACUUUUAAGGGCUUGCAUUAGUAAUAAUCUGAACUGUAAAUGCUAGAAGCUUUUUUCCAUUAGAUUCCUGACUGCCUGACUAAGUCAAAUUACAUUACAUAGGUCAUUUUCCAUCAAGGUGAGGCAGUGUAAAGUGGCGCUGAAGUUACUAAAUCUUUGGAAGGUCUUGCCCUAGCAUAACAAUGAAUAGCCAAUCCAUUUCACAGAUACUAGAGAGCCAAUCACAGAUGAUGUUUACAACACACGAAUUGCUGCAUGCAAGUAAUAUUAGGGUUCCCAGGUGUUUUUUUACACUUUUGAUCUUCAAACUGAAGCAUUGAGUCCAGGGUGCAAUCUUACUGCAGAGAUACAUUUUUUACUUUGAAAGCAUCUAGAUAUUCAGCACAGCAAGCAUGGGAUUUGUUCUCGUUCACCACUCCAGACUGAAGCAAAAAUUGGCUUAGAUUCUAGAGGGUCUUAAAAGUACAUUUAUUAGAUUUUGGGGCUGGCAGACUUAACAUAAUGGAAGUUAAAUGUUCAGUAAUGAUUUUCACAGGUAAAUCGUUAACAAAAAUGUUAACUGGUGUCCAGCUCUGUACACUUGUGUUUACAGCAUCUGACAAGUUACCGAAGAGUUGCCAGAUUUAAUUACAAACAAACAAAUCUGUUCUGUCCUUAGGCAAGACAGUACAUCCAAAUUGCUCCUGUAAGACACCCUGGACAGUAUCAUCUGCUAACUGACUUAAAAUGUAAAAUAAUAUACUAUAUGUACUUUGCACGAUUGUAGAUAUGCACUAUUUGGAUAAAUAUUUUCUCCGGUUUAACUUGUUGUUCCACUUAACUACCUUUGAUUUUGGAAGAUGUAGAGGUUGACCAUGUUGGAAGAUUUGACUGAAGCUGCAAUGACUCCUGCCUUGGUUAGAAUGUUGUAAGAUAACAUUGUGAGAUAAGUGAACCUUUAAGUGCCUUCUCUACAGGAAAUAAUAUGGUAGCGAGUUAUUUUUACAAGGACAUAUCAUUGUAUAUAUCCAUCUUUUAUUUAUUUUAAAGGUGUAAUUGGCUUUUAUCAAUGUGUACAUUCUGGUACAUACAUAAUAUAAUUCUAUACAAUUAGUAACUAUGGUGCAUAGUGAGAAAUUAUUGUUUAAUACCCUUUAUUAUGUAUACAAAAUAAUAAAUGUAAUUAUAGUUAUUAUUGUGUAUUGUAUGUACCAGCAGUAACUCCUCAAAUACAAAUAAUUAUCUUUGUAUGUUAAAAAAUAUAAUGUGUGUGGAAUGUUAUUUUAAUUAACCUGCAUGCACAAGCUAAGUCUGUCCCUAAACUGAACCUCUUGAUGAUCAUUAAAAAAUG